AUGGCUCCCAGGAGAGCAGAAGUUUUCCUGUGGUCUGCCAGAGUCAUUUUCAAGAUUUCCAGAGGACAAGGCCAGUCUGGACAGGUGCCUGCCAUCUCCACCAUGAAGCAGCUUUCCUUUGCAACGUACCUUCCCAUCAGCCUCGUCCUCUUGUCUGCGUCCUUGCACACAACUUGCUUAGCAGAAACACACAACUCUUCAUCCGUUCCUUUUCCUGUGUCAGACUCGGCAUUCAUAGCACAGUGCUCUGAUUUAGAUUUCUGCUCUAAGGCUGCCCAGUGCUGUAAGCAUGGAAUGGAUGAAGAUGGUUGGAUUGCAGCAGCUAUUGGCUGGAGUCUCUGGUUUCUCACCCUUAUUUUGCUCUGUGUGGGUAAACUCAGAAAGAUAACACCUGAAGAAUCCAAGUACACGCAAGCGUGA